AUGGUCUGCACGAUUUCUACUCCGACAGCAUCCUCUGGCCAGGACGAUGCUGCACUUGUGGCAGUUUGGAUUGGCGCUGGCGGCGUCCCGGUCGUGCUCUUGGCAUUGUUGAUCGUGUGGAGGUGUUUCCGUCGGGCCAGGCAGACGAAGCCGGACGUAGAUGGACCGUCGGCCGUGGUCAUCGGUGGCAAAGCGACACUGCGCUCGGAGAGUAAGGAGCUGGUGCAUCCGUUGAACGAGAUGGCGAUGAAGAGCCUUCCGAAGUAUUGGACCGGAUGCCGGGAGAGCGGAAGCGAUGAAGUCAGCGUCAGGGAUCACUCGGGGUUCGCCGAGCUUAUGUAUGUUAAACAUGAGCACAUGGAAUUUUUCCAGGACCUGGUCAACCACACGUAUCGCCAGAUAACGACGCAAGAUCGUCUAUGCCCGACAGGCAAGCACGACAAGACCAAGGGUGGAUGCCCCUGUGUGCAGCUUGGUGGUGAUCCUGGCCUGCCCACAGGUUACCAGAUCAAGCGCGUCAUCCGUGUGGAAGACUCUGCGAUGUUCACUCGCUACAUCGAUAGAUGCGACCAGGUCAAAACAUCUCGUUCGUCUUGUGAAUCUCCGGACCCUGAGGUCUUCACACGUGCCGCCUUGGAAGCCUCCCAUGGCUUGACUGACGUCCUUUGCGAUGUCGAUGACAGCAUCAACGAGGUUUACCUCUGGCACGGAACCCAAGUUCGAACCGGUCUGGCGAUAGCUCAAAAUGAUUUCAGCCUCAAUCUAGCCGGCUCGGGCGCUGGAACGAUGUAUGGGAAGGGCUUGUACUUCACGGAGAGCUGCACAAAGGCCGACGAGUAUGCCUUGGAUGAGCCGGGUGGCCACUACGACGGCGUGAGGGGCUUGCUCUGA